AUGACAAGACCAAACCCAGAUUUAAAACCUCUGGAACGUGCCAGUGUGGUGUCUUUGGCAGAUGGUCCUGAUAAUGUCUCAUCUACAGAUCCCAAUUUAAUAUCAGCUAGAUCCACGCCUCCUGCCUCACCACUACUGGGCCCAUCUUCUGGUACACCUACGACACCAACACGAUGGAAACGCAAAUCUUCUCGUCAAAAUAUUGCUAAAGAAGAAGAGGAAGACGACUUAAACGAAGAACCGUCUUACUGGACUCUGCCCCGUCGAGAUCAGAUUUUUUUUCUUAUCAUUUGUCGUUUCACCGAACCAUUGGCAUAUGCAUCCAUUUCUCCUUAUAUUUAUUACAUGAUCAGGGACUUUGGUUAUACUGAUCCUUCAAAAAUUUCCGCUCUUGUCACAUUAGUCACAACCUCGUUCUCAUUAGGCCAGGCUCUAACUGCUGUUUGGUGGGGUCGUUUCGCUGACAGAUAUGGCCGAAAACCUGCUCUGUUGUUGGGACUUAUUGGUACUGCUAUUUCGGUUAUGGUUUUUGGUACCUCGACCAGUAUUUUCUGGGCCAUGCUAGGCCGUUGUAUGUCUGGUCUGUUAAAUGGUAACAUUGGUGUUAUGAGAACAAUGGUGGCAGAGUUCGUGGGUAACAAGAAACAAUAUCAAACUAGAGCUUUCGCAAUCCUGCCUAUUACCAUGAAUGUCGGUACUGUUGUAGGACCCAUGAUUGGCGGUCUUUUGGCCGACCCAGCCAAUAAUUACCCUUGGUUGUUUGGAGACUCUGAAUUUUUGAAAAAGUACCCUUAUAUCCUUCCAAACUUGUUCCCUAUUCCAUUCAUAAUUGCGGGUUUGAUUUGCACUUUUCUUUUUAUUGAAGAGACGUUAGACAGCCCUGGUGCUUUAUUGCCAAAAUCUCAAGAUUACGGAUUGAAGCUUGGGCUUCGACUCAAGGCUUGGACUAGAAGGUCCAGUGUUCAAACUGAGUCUCAUGGUUAUGAAGUUGUGCCAAACGAAACCUUAGAAUCUGAGGACGAAGUCAGUUUAUCUGAUUUAGAGGAGGAUGAGGAGUUCGAUGAAUCCAUUGCCGAGAGCUCAUCCAGCCCAGAAUCCACUAGCAACCAAUCCAUUAACAAGAACAGACCAGAAAACACUACUGAAGGAGAGGCUCCCAAGGAAGAGCCAGUCGACCGAAGUUUAAAGGCUAUUUUAACAAGACCCGUCAAGGUCACUCUCGUGGCAUAUAUCAUUCUGAUGCUUCAUGCCCCAUCCUUUAUGCAACUUUUACCUCUCUUUUUAUCGACACCAAGAAUGGACGAUGGUGACCAUCACACGAACCCAUUCAUCUUUAACGGUGGUCUCGGUUUGAAAACGUCUGAAAUCGGUGUUGUAAUUUCAAUUCUUGGUGGAGUUGGAGUUGCUAUUCAGCUUCUAAUCUACCCCCGACUUGCCAACUAUCUUGGUAACGCCAAACUUCACAAAACAGCGCUCCUUCUGUUUCCUCCAUGUUAUUUCCUUAUUCCAUACCUCUCGUUUGUUCCAGCAAGCCCCGAAUAUCUCAGCAUGCUCUGCACAGUACCUCUGGCAGCUCUUGUCAUUCUCGGCCGUACAUUUGCUGUCCCACCUAUGACCGUCCUAAUCACCAAUGCCUCGCCAUCUCGUAAAGUUCUAGGUACAGUACACGGUGUUACUCACUCGGUUACUAGUAUUGCACGAUGCGUUGGACCCUUCGUACUCGGUAAUUUGUACUCGCUGGGUGUCAAAGUGAACAUGAUUUCUCUUGCCUGGUGGACCAUGGCCGCCAUCGUCGUUGUAGAGAACUUUGUGGCAGCCAAUCUCGAGGAAUGGGGUCAAGACGAGCCGCUGGGAGCAUAA